CUUUGUUUACAGCAGAUAAGUCGAGAUCGAUUUGAGGACUACGGAUCCACACCUCCGUUUUUCUUUAUCUCUAGCUUGCGUACCUGCAGGAAGCAGUCAUGGUGGCCAUGACGAAGAGAAUGAAAACCUUCCAAAUUACCUUUACGGAUCCCAGUAAGACUUUUUACUGCGGCGGGGACAAGGUGUCCGGUCGGAUAGAAGUGGAGGUGAACGAGGUGACGCGAGUGUCCGCAGUGAAGGUCCUGGGUCUGGGCUGCGCUAAAGUGGAGUACGCUAAAGGCAAGCAGCGGUGCCGACAGGAGGCCGAGUACCUCCGAUACGAAGAAGUACUGCGACUGGACGACCAGCCUACAGACUCAGACGGAUCUGUCGUUUUGAGGCCUGGCAACAAAUACGAGUACUCCUUUGGAUUUGAGCUCCCACAGCAAGGGCAGUUGGUGUCAUCCUACAAGGGGAAGUUUGGCUAUGUCCACUACUGUGUGAAGGCCCUGUUAGAGAGGCCACAGCAGCAGACGCUCGAGUGCAAGAAAUCCUUUGAGGUGGAGGAGCCCCUGGAUGUCAACACCCCAGACCUGUUGUCUCCCACAGGUGGCAUGAAGGAGAAGAAGGUCACCUGCAUGUUCAUCCCCGAUGGCCAGGUGUCACUGAAUGCAAAAAUUGACCGGCGUGGUUUCUGCGAAGGUGAAGACAUCUACAUCAAUGCAAAGUUCGAGAACACCUGCUCCCGCAUUGUGAUACCCAAGGCCGCCAUCAUCGCCAAACACAUCUACCAGGCUAACGGCCGCACCAAGGUCUUCCGCCAGAAGCUGUCCUCAGUGAGAGGGAACCACAUUAUCUCUGGCAUGUGUGAUGCCUGGCAGGGGAAGACCAUCAGGGUGCCAAAGAUCAAACCAUCCAUGCUGGGCUGCAACAUCAUCCGUGUGGAGUACGCUCUGAUGAUCUACGUCCACAUCCCUGGUAGUGAGAAGCUGAUCCUGGAGCUGCCGCUGGUCAUUGGGACUGCCGGUCUAGGCAGCCGCAGCAGCAGCGUGAGCAGCCAGGAGGGCUCGGUCAGCAACGCCUCUCAGAGCUGGGUGUCCCUCAGGAUGCCCUCUGAGCCGCCCAGCUACGCCGACAUCACCCGCGACUGCCGCCUGGACCAGCCCCUCACACCUCUGCUGGACGACUUCGACGGAGACGACAGCCCCAUCUUCAUGAACACUCCAGCCUUCCAGUUCCCACCGCCACCUGUAUACACUGAGGCAGAGGAGGAGUACAGUGGCAAUGCUCGCAUGAUGCCAGUCUGCUGAAGUCCAGCAGGGAUUCUGAGACUGUGGUCCAGCUCUCAGGGACCAUUCAUCUAAGGCACUUGAAAAGGAGCAGAAGGUCCAAACUCCAGAGGGAGACAUGUCGGAUGGAAAACUAAAGCCGAGACUGGAGGUGGACAGAAUGAUGCUUUCCGGUUCUGUUAGCUGUCUUCACCACGCUUUUCAGGUGGUAGAUGUGGAGGUGGCACCAUGGAGUCUGUGGUGUUCCAUAUCAGAAUAAGCUGUCCUUCCAGAGACUCUUUAACUGUCAGGGUCUCACUGUCCAUUCGCAGCCACUUUAUAAUCUGUUAAUGGGGCCAAAUGUUGUAAGAGUCAGCCCAAAGCCUGCUGUGACAUCUUUGCUUUUUUUGGGUUUGUCUUUUCCUCAUAAUGCUUUGUCAUUCCAGUCAAACCCUGUGUUUUUAAGGGAUUUUGCUUGUGGAACCAUCCAUUUUACUGAUAGAAGUCAGCUUCUGUUGCUGUAAAAAGAAUUGUCUAAUGUUGUUGCCUCUUGAGAAUUACAGCAUGUAGAAUAAUCGUCAUCAGAUGCUAAUAGAAUGUCAUGCAGCAUCCAUAUUUUCCUAUGUACCAGUGUUUGAAAAUAUUCCUUUGUUUUAUUGCACUUGAUUGACGUAUUUUGCUCCACUUCUGCCCACAAGAGUUUCUGUUUGUUUAGUUUGAACUGUGUUUGGCAGGUGGAGAGUGAAUUUUUUUUGAAGUAAAUCACUCCAAAGUUGUUUGAACCUCACAUUUAAUUUCCAAACCCCAGUUUAGUGAUUGGCUGUUUUUUGUUUUUUCUUGACACUGUUAGUGCCAAACGUGAUUUGUACAGAUGACAUGCUCUGAUACCAUGGAACGCACCUUAUUUGAGGAUAAUCAUUGUAUCUGUUCUGCAGUUGUCCUAGACGAUAUUUCACUGUGAGAUCUCCACUGUGGUGAUUUCACAACUUCUGUUCUUUCAGGGCAUAAAGAAAAUCACUGUUAAAGACUGAUUUGUGAGAAAGUAUGUUUGCAAUGCAUCCUUGAUACUUCAAAGUAUUUUUGUAUGAAACCCUAUGGGUUAGUUUUUUUUUAUUAAAGAAAUGUUGAAAAAUA